UCAUGACAGCGUGUUGGGAUAAGAGACUCCAACUGGGGAUUUACACUGAGAUCAAAACGAGUGAAUGAAAUGCUUACCUAUAGUCCGUCUCUAUUCUUGGACUCUGUACUUCGCUAGCGUAUUACUGCAGUGCAUUUUUGCUAUACGAUAUAUCAUAGACAAUCACGGGAUGAGAGGAAGCUAACUGACACUGUUAGCUUCGUGUAUCCUCUCGGGUGGGUGUCUCGACAGAAGCGGGCUCAGGGAGGCACACCCUAAUAUUGGUAUCCUCACAUCGGCCACACGAAUGCCGCUGCUGUAACAGAUGCCCAGAGCAGCUUUGCCAUCAGGAUUAAUGUGGGUCUGUUUCUAAUCGCAGGCUGUCCUGUCAAUAACUCGCUCGCAUUAGUGCAAAAGAAUUCCAAGGCAUCGGGGAAGUCAUGUAUGUCCAGUUACAGUGCACCUUUUGGGGAGACAGAUAACGUUAGCCAGCUAGCUAGUGUGUGAUCGAUCAGCACUCCUCUGUGGGUUUGGCCGAAGACUGUGACUGAGGAAUAUGAAUUCACCAAUCUACACGUUUGUUUUGAGAGAUGACAACAGCACUGUGUAUGCUGAGGUCGCCAAGAUCCUCACCUCUACUGGAAAAUGGAAACGAUUGAAGAAGGACAAUCCUCGAUUUAAUUUGAUGUUGGGGGAGAGAAACCGGCUGCCUUUUGGACGGCUGGGUCAUGAACCAGGACUGAUGCAGCUGGUGAAUUAUUACAGAGGAGCUGAUAAACUGUGUCGCAAAGCAUCACUUGUCAAGAUUAUCAAGACCAGUCCAGAGUUAAAGGACUCUUGUAACUGGUUCCCUGAGUCUUACAUCAUUUACCCAACUAACCUCAACACUCCAGUAGCCCCAGCCACCAAUGGCAUCAGCCACAUGAAAAGCAACCCAAAGACAGAUGAGCGAGAGGUAUUCUUAGCCUCAUUUAACUCCAGAAAGGAAAGUGGGGAGGGGACGGUGUGGAUCGCAAAAUUGUCAGCAGGUGCAAAAGGUGCGGGUAUAUUGAUAUCUCAUGAUGCAAAUGAAUUGCUUGAGUUCAUUGACAAUCAAGGCCAAGUGCAUGUCAUUCAGAAGUAUCUGGAAAAACCACUGCUGUUAGAGCCAGGGCAUCGCAAAUUUGAUAUAAGAAGUUGGGUGCUUGUAGACCAUCAGUACAAUAUCUACCUGUACCGUGAGGGUGUGUUACGAACAUCCUCUGAGCCCUACAACAGCUCAGAUCUACAGGAUAUGACCAGUCAUCUGACCAAUCACUGCAUUCAGAAAGAGCAUUCACAGAACUACGGCCGCUAUGAAGAGGGCAACGAGAUGUUCUUUGAUGAGUUUAGACAGUACCUGUUGAGCACACACAAUGUUGCCAUGGAAACAUCCAUUUUACCUCAAAUCAAGCAUAUCAUCAGGAGCUGUCUCACAUGCAUCGAGCCAGCCAUCAGCACUAAACACCUGUCCUACCAGAGCUUCCAGCUCUUCGGCUUUGACUUCAUGGUGGAUGAGAGCUUUAAAGUCUGGCUGAUUGAGAUCAAUGGAGCCCCUGCCUGUGCACAGAGACUCUAUCCUGAACUAUGUCAAGGCAUCAUUGAUGUGGCCAUCUCCACAGUAUUCUCUCUGAAUGCAGAUGGCCUCUCUGCCUCGCCUCCGUUUUCCACUUCUCCAUCUCUCUCCUCCAACUCCUGUUCCUCACCUAAAAUCAGAGCGCCCCAUCACUUUGGACCAUUCAUCAAACUAUAAACUGCUUUGGCUGUAGCUGUGUAACCCCCUCCCAAAUGUCCUGCCCAAAAUCAACAUCAGCCAGUUUUUUCCUUUAGCAGGCUGGCCAAAUGGGGGAUACAUCUCUAGAUAAAGAGAAUAGUAGGGAUGUAACUCUUCCGUCACCCCUGUAACAGCCAGCCUCUUUAAUCUGAUUCCAUCUGUCAUCUAUAAAGCAAAAGAGGAAAAAAGCAAAUGCACAGGAGUCCAUAGGAAUACAGAGGAUCUGAGUUUCAAAUGUAAAGAUACUGGCAUAGCAGUACCCAGAUGUGGGUGAUUAGUUUCAGAAGCAUGUGCACUUAAUGUGCAGAUUGCCUCUUUAUAAUUAAGGCUACAGUUGUUUGGGGCUUCAACAUUCAAAAACGUGCAAUCGGAAAAUCAUGGAUUGCUAGCAAAUUCUACUUUUACAUUUGAAUAAAAGUUUCCACCAAAGAAGAGGAUUUAGCUCCCCUAUACGCCCCAGAGCUCUGUCAUGUCAACAAGACUCCUCAGGACUUUUCCAGGCACCUUGAUUUAACAGAUGAUGGAUUUUAAUUUAAUUUCUGAAACUUUAGUGCCUUACAUAUUCACAGACAUACUACACCCUUGACACAAACUCUCAACAAGCAAAGCUAGCCUUUUAUAAGUCUGUAUGCGUCCCAUCAACUGUAUCAAAUUCUUAUGUGCUUUGUGUUUGUGUGCUUUUGGCUCCAGUGUGUACUAAACUGUUUUGAUGCCACAAAUGAAUCUUUCUCAGAUUCAGAUGUUUAUAAUUUGCAGUGCGCAUGAUUGUUACAUCUACAUGGCAGUAUUUGAUAGAACUAGUAGAAGAUUAAUCUCUUUCCAUACAUACAGAUUUGGUUGUUUUGCACUGUUGUCUUGUCACUGUUUUGUCCAGGUGUGUGUAUUGAGGUUAGUCUUAAGCCUCCAUUGAUUCUGUUUAAUGCAGUCACUUUUUUGGUAUGUUAUUUGGCUAUAAGUACAGGCAAUCAAUAAUCAACACAAUUAGUCUGCUAUUAUCAUAUAUAUUUAGGAUAACAAAGGCAAAUGACAAAGCAAAACCUUUAUAAAUGUCCUGUAGUUUGGUUUGCUGUAGUUAUUUUAUUCAGUUUACUCCCAGCUGUUAGAUUUUUCAUGAUCAGAAUGAGUAAAACCUUUUUUAUCAAUUGUUGCAUGUCAAAGCAUGUUAAAAUGUUCUUUAUACAUACUGUAGCUCAUUAUAGAGAUUCCCGCAAAUUAGUGUUGUUUUCUCUUCAUUUUAAGUCUUUUUAUAUUUCUAUACUGUUGAAAUCUCUGAUUAUUUUGCAUUUUGUUGGUUAUACAUUGCAGAGUUCUUUGUCAUUCUCUUGGGGAAAAAAGGCAGUUUUUGCUGUAUACUUUUUAGCAGGAUGAUAUAGAAAUAUCUGGUACAAUAACUGUCAGGUCAACAGGAGUCUAUGACUCAUCUUCCAAACAGAAUCAGCACCUUCUAAUUAGGUUUAUAAUAUCUUUCUUGCCAUGCAUGCAGAUAUUUCUUUUUACAUGUAAUUCAUAUAGGUUUGGGUUAACCCUAACCUCACUAUUAUAUUCUAAUAGAACCUACUAUUAGAACCUAAUUGUAGAAUUCUACAGGUAAAUGUGGAAGUUGAGCAGUUUUAUAACUCUAAUUAAAAGAAAAAGUAUUGAAGGAACAAGUCUGCCUUUUAAUGAACUGAUUAAUUGAAACAUUUCAGAGAUGACAUCCACACAAUAAUUGUUAAAGGGAUAGUUCACCCAAAAUGAAACUUCUCUCAUCAUUUACUCACCCUCAUGCCAUCCCAGAUGUGUUUGACUUUCUUUUUUCUGCUGAAAGCAAACAAAGAUUUUUAGAGGAACAUUUCAGCUCUGUCGGUCAAUACAAUGCAAGUGAAUGGUGACCAGAACUCCCAAAGCUCCAAAAAUCACAUAACAAAAUCCAGUGGUAAAAUCCAUGUCUUCAGAAGUGAUAUAAUAGUUGUGGGUGAAAAACAGAUCAAUAUUCAAGUCAAAAAAAAAAAAAAAAAAUGUUUUUUAAAACAUUGGUCUGUUUCUCAUCCAAAGUGAUUACAUCAUUUGAGAAGAUGUAGAUUAAACCACUGGAGUCAUAUGGAUUACUUUUAUGCUGCCUUUACACUGUAAAAUUGAAUUAGUUAGUUAACCUUAGUUAAAAAAAAAAAAAAAAAGCAUGUCAACUGAAAAUGCACUUAUCUGGCAGUAAAGAUACUUAUUUGGCUCAAGUGAACUAGGAAAAGUCCACUUGAACCAAAUAAGUAUAUUUACUUGAUUUUUAUUUUAAGGCAAUUGGUUUCCUCACUUUUUUUUUAAUUUUUUAAUUUUUUUUUAUAUAAAGUAAAGUCAACUUGUUACAUUUGACACUUUAUGUGAUUUUUGGAGCUUGAAAGUUUUGGUCACCAUUCACUGGCAUUGAAAGGAACAACAGAGCUUAAAUAUUCUUCUAAAUAUCCUUGUGUUCGGAAGAAGAGAGAAAGUCACAUCUGGGAUGGCAUGAGGGUGAGUAAAUGAUGAAAUCAUUUUAAUUUUUGGGUGAACUAUCCCUUUAAGAGUUUAUCCUCUUUGUAAUUUUUCAUGCUGUACAGUCUCUGAGUUGGCUGAUUGAAAAAAGAGAAUACUGAAAAUAAUGAAGAAAGCUUGUAUGUAGCCUAAAUGAGGGAAAACAUCUCCAAUUAACCAAAGAUCAGUGUGGUAAAUCUUUUCACUGCAUUUCAAGACUCUGUGGUUGACUCAUUUACAUGCCUGGUUUGACUGAAGUUGUGGAAUUCUUUAGCGUUAGAGGAAAGAACAAUGCCUUGUUUGUGUAAUUAUUAGUUUAGAUUAUUGUAUUUGUUACUAUUGACCAUACCAAUCUGUAAACAGUACAGUGUUGUAAUUUUGAAUUAGCAAAAACCUAAAAGUAUUUUAAGUUAUUCAAAGAAAAGCAUUCAUCAUGUGCAAUAAAUUACUUCCAUAA